AUUCACUGAUCAUGCUGCGCCACUUUUUAUUAUUAUGCCUGUAUAAAUAUAUAGGUAUCAGAGAAAUACACAAAAUAAGGAACAAAGUGCCUAGCAAUUUCAUUUAAGUUUAUUCGAAUGAAAAUAAAGUCCAGAAUUUCACCUGCCACCAUCUGAUCUCAUGGCUACAUUUUGUGUUUAAUAGAGCCAUGCUGAUGUUUAAUUUCAAGUUGCAUGAGAAUGAUAUUAAAUUUGCUUGAACAAAUAACUAAAUUGUUUCUUUUUCAAGGAAAACUUGUGGCAAGAUGAGGCUCACUAUCACUACUGUGUCGGGCGAGCUGUUUCAGCUGGAUGUUAGUGAAGACCUGGAAGUUGAAAAUCUCAAGGCUUUUGUACAGGUGGAAGCCAAUGUUCCGCUGGAGGGGAUGCAGCUUGUCCAUGCUGGCCGCCGGCUCACAGAUGACAAACAGACCCUGAAACAGCUGGGCAUAGCUGACAAUGACGUACUGCUGGUGAACUCCGCAAUGGCAGAGCCUGCUGUUCCUCACAGUGGUGCAGCAGCUCUGGGCAGGCCACAGCAGCCCUCUGUUGCUGAACAGUUGGCGCAGAUUGACUUCGGGAGUAUCUGUUUACCGGGAAUGUCUCCGACUGGGGCGGGUCAGCCGGGUCCGAACCGCGAGGAUGACCCGGCCUUCAUCCGGGACAUGUUUCUGGCGAAUCCCGACCAGCUGGCUAUGCUCAAACAGAACAACCCGCGGCUCUCGGACGCCCUGCUCAGCGGAGAUGUCGGUCAGUUCGCGGCCGUGCUCCGGGAGCAGCAGGAGGCACACUCGGAGCGCGAGCGGCUCCGACUCCGGAUGCUCACCGCCGACCCGUUCGACGUGGAGGCGCAGCGGCUGAUGGCUGAGGAGAUCCGCCAGAGUAACAUUGAGGCCAAUAUGGAGGCCGCCAUGGAACACCAUCCGGAGAGUUUCGGGACGGUGGUGAUGCUGUACAUCAACUGCAGGGUCAACGGGUUUCCCGUGAAGGCCUUCAUUGACUCAGGCGCGCAGACCACCCUGAUGUCGUCAGCCUGCGCAGAGCGGUGCCACAUCAUGCGUCUGGUGGACACACGCUGGUCCGGCGUGGCCAAGGGUGUCGGUACGCAGCGCAUCCUCGGACGGGUGCAUAUGGGUCAGAUCCAGAUCGAGGAUGUGUUCCUGACGUCGUCGUUCUCCAUCCUGGAGGAGCAGCCCAUGGACAUGCUGCUGGGACUGGACAUGCUGAAGAGACAUCAGUGUGUGAUCGACCUGAGGGGUAACGUGCUGAGGAUCGGCACCACCAACACCACCACGCCGUUCCUGCCGGAGUCGGAGCUGCCGCCCUGCGCCCGGCUCUCCAACAGGUCAGAGGAGGAGGCCAGAGCCGACUCGAUGCGGGAGGCAGAGGACGCGGAGCUGGCGCAGGCCAUGCGGGAGAGCUCAGCUGCCGCCUCCUCCGCCCCUGCUGCCACUCCUUCCGCCUCUGCUGCCCCCUCAGGAGUGCCGUCUGCCGUCAUCCGUCCGGUGACUGGAGGGACUCACGGUUCGGCGUCUGCUGCCGCUCCUAUUCCGGCUACCGCUCCGGUGGCUCCGACUCCGACUCCGACUCCAGUUCAGACUCAGACUCCGGCUCAGACUGCGUCCCCGGCGGUCGUUCUGUCCAUCCAGUCGACAGACUCGUUCACCGAGAAAGAUGUGGAGAUGAUCAUCGGCGCCGGAUUCUCCCGAGCCGAGGCGUUCGCGGAGCUGCGGCGCUGCGGUGGCGAUGCCACCAGGGCUGUGGCCGCGCUCUUCGUCCGGUCUUUCAAGCUGCCCAAGUAGCUGCCCAAGAAGUUGCCAGAGCUGCUGCCGGGGUAGCCGCUCAAGAAGCUGCCCAAGGAAGCUACGCUAGCUGCUACGCAAGAAGCUGUCCAUUGUCCAAAUUGCUGCCCGGGUAAGCUUCCCAUACGCCAGCUGCUGCGUAGUGAGCUUUUCAAGAUGUUGUUUGAAGACGGUCGGCGUCCCUCGCUCCUCGGUCAGCUGUUCUGCUGGAUUCGUCCGCUCUCCCCGUGAUUCUGCGCCCCCUAGUCGGGCUCGGCACCCCGUCUGGGGCCGCCUAGCCUCCUAGUCGUCAACUGGACACCAAUACCGGUAGUGUUGGAAGGAGUCGGUAGACGCCGGUUUGGACCGGUCGUGGUGUGAAUGUGAUGAGAUUAUCGGCAGACAGAUCCAUACUCACCCCCUGUGCAGAGAUACACACAGUCACCAGAGGUGCCUGUGUGUGAUUGUGCCGCGUGCCUGAUGGACGGCUUUGAGAUGCGGGUGCCUUUUAGUCUGAUAACAUCAGGGACGACAGUAUAGCUCCACCACGCAAUUAAGCUCCAUACCCAGGGAGAAGUGAGAUCGCGCGUGCUGCUCGCAUGAAAAGUCUGGGAAAUUUGCCAUGCUACGCAUAAUGAUACAAAGGGAAUGGGUCUUAAUUGGUCUUAUUUGUGAUGAACCCUACCCAUUGAACGCAGGCGAUGUCAGGCGAAUCUGUUCUAUAAGUACACAGUGUAUGCGUGCUGCGGGAAAUAUGACGCAUAUGAGCGUGCGUCGCAUUUCUGCGUCGAGUUUGUUUAUUUAUCAUUGGAUGCCUCUUUCCAUCAGCACUGUGCUCCGUUACCUGUACGGCUGAAAGUGGUCUUUGUGCCUGGCUGUUCCGUGUUCGCCGGUGCGGGAGAUGCGCAUACGACCGUGGGCGGUGCCCCGUGGGUGAUCUAAGUGCCUUGUUAGCUCCGGUCGACCGGCCCCGGGAGGGUGGUCGGGGAGUCGCCGCCCCCUGCGGGGCGCAGAGAAACCCGCCGCGACACCGCACAAUGCCGGCGGCGGCAUCCGGCGCGCUGAAAAACCUCAUCACGGCGGCGGAGUGCGACUGAGAGCACCGAGAAGCCUGUCACUUUGAAGGCGGACUCACUGGUACGACGCGCGACGAUUGCGUGGGGCGUCCGAGCAUGUUUGCGAGUGAUGCAGCAACAUUGAUCGCGUUUCUCCGUGUUUGUCAGUGUUGAAUGUGUUUGCUAGUGCUGGAUGGAUUUGCCAAAGUUGGGCUGUGAAAACCGAGCGUUUCGGGUGAACUCUGAUGUAAUGUGUGGCGGUGUGGUUAAAACGAAUCGCAUCACUUGGCUAGCGGUUUGGCUAGCCUGACACACUGCGGACUUUUCACGUUUGUUUAUCUCGUUUUGUGCUGCGGGAGAAGAACAUAGUGUGUUUCUAUGUCAUGUAAGAAACAAUAACUGAGUUUAGUCAAGUGGUUGGAAUCCCAUCCCUCGUCAUCUAACUAAGUAAAGCCCCUUACCUAACAGAAAUAAACCUUAGACGUGACCUCAUUUCAUGAUGUCAGACCUAAUACAUUGAAAACUGGUG